GCCGCCAUCUUGGUGCGGGGCAAGGGCCGGCGCGCGGGGCGGAAGCGGAAGCGGCGGCGCGCGGGGCGGAAGGGAAGAAGCCGGCGGCGGUGGGGGCGGGGCGAGCAGCGGCGGAGCGGCCGGGGCCGAGAUGACGGUGCACAACCUGUACCUCUUCGACCGCAACGGGAUCUGCCUGCACUACAGCGAGUGGCACCGCAAGAAACAGGCCGGCAUCUCCAAGGACGAGAUGAGCCCCCUCGACAUGAAGGACGGGUUCCUGGCCUUCCAGACCAGCAAGUACAAGCUCCAUUACUACGAGACGCCCAGCGGCCUGAAGGUCGUCAUGAACACGGACCUGGGCGUGGGGAACAUCCGGGACGUGCUCCACCAGAUCUACAGCAACAUCUACGUGGAGUUCGUGGUGAAGAACCCGCUGUGCAGCCUGAGCGAACCCAUCCAGAGCGAGCUCUUCCGCGCCAAGCUCGACGGCUUCAUCCGCGGCCUCCCCUUCUUCUCGGCCCGGGCCGGCUGAGCUCCCCCCCGGCCCCCCAGCUGGCACCCGGCGGCGCCGCCCCCAGCCCUCCGGACACGACACGGGGCUGCCCCCGGCUCACCCUCCCGCCCCCUGCACAGAUCAGACGGGCUGGCCCGCCGGGUGAGCCCACGUCCCACAAUUCCCUGCAGGCUGGCGCACCCCCCACCCACCCAGGGGUCCAGCUGGGGGGGGGCUUGCUCAGUCUGGGAGGGGAGUGGGGUCUAAGUGAGUAGAGCAGGGAUGUUGGGGGGCUGGGAGCCAGGACUCCUGGGUUCUCUCCCUGGCUCUGGGAGGGGAGCAGGGGCUGGUGGUUAGAGCAGGAGCUCAGGAGGGAGGUUCCUGACAUUCAUCCUCCGCUGCCCUAGGCCCCAAUCCCCGUCCAGCCAUAGGAAUAGAACCCAGGAGUCCUGGCUCCCAGCCCCCCCCCGCUCUAACCACCAGCCCCCACUCCCCUCCCAGAGCUGGAGAGAG